AGCCCUGAGUAAAGCCCCAUAGGACCCCAUGGUGGUGGUGAGGAUGGGAGGGGGGGUCUGAGCUGACGUGGGAGGAGUAGGAGGUCAGUGGAGUUCGGGAAGUCGGUGAGCGCAGACGCGUUGUGCCCCCGGAUGACUAGAGAAAACGAUUUUAAACCAAAUUUUCGUCGGGUUUAUCAUUUUCGGUGCGUCGUGAGAAACAUAUCAAGAGCAUUUUAACCAACUGGUGUCACUGAACGUUUUUAUCGCAACCCCCGUGUUUUAUUUAUUUUCAUUUAUUUAUGUUUCAUUUCGCCCUCCCUCCCCCCGUCAAUUCGACGCGAGUGACGAUUUUGUGAGUGAAAACAGCCGCAAAUUGAGUACAGUAACUGUCCGGGACUUUGUACUAUUGUCUAUUGAAUAUUGAAUCAGUGAACUGAAGACCUGAAUGAGGUAUGUCUACCAAGGGGGAAAGGGGUAAAGCCACGGACUUCAGCAUCGCGGCCAUCAUGGCGCCCAGGGGUUCGACGUUUCGACAUUACCACCUGCAGGGACUUGGCAAUGCUGCUGGUAAUAAUGGAGAAUGCAACAACAAGGGUUUCGUCGCAUCGCCGAGUCUUGAUAAUCGUGUCGCAAGAUCAUCACCAGUUAACAUCGUAGCAACCGCAACAGUAGUUACCGGUGAUGCACUUCUCGAUGACGACGAUGAUGAUGAGGUUGACGAGGGUGUGGGCGAGGCGGAGAGCGAGGGAACGGAAAAAUCAGCGAAUGGUGAUGAUGAGGAGGUGGACGUUGAUGUUGAAGAAUGCAGUAGUCUGGACGAUGGUCCACUUGGUUUAUCCGAUGGGCUCGCUCACCGCAAGUUCAAUGGCAGUAAUUCAGCGAGUAGAAAGGUACCACAGCAUAGGCGAACGACGUGCAAUUCCGAGGAGCUUAAGAAUGUUGACUGUCACUUGGAGACUAAGGAACUCUGGGACAAGUUCAAUGAACUUGGCACCGAGAUGAUUAUCACUAAAACUGGCAGGCGAAUGUUUCCGACCUGCAGGGUGUCAUUCAGUGAGCUCAGCCCCGAGGGGAGGUACUCGGUCCUCAUGGAUAUUGUUCCUGUUGAUGAUAAACGGUACAGAUAUGCUUAUCACAGGAGCUCCUGGCUUGUCGCCGGGAAAGCUGAUCCGCCGGCGUCAGUCCGACUCUACGAACAUCCGGAUUCACCGUUCACUGGUGAACAGUUGAGGAAGCAGGUUGUGUCCUUCGAGAAAGUCAAACUGACUAAUAACGAGAUGGAUAAGCACGGACAGAUUAUAUUAAAUUCGAUGCAUCGCUACCAACCGAGGAUACACCUGGUGAGGUUGCGCAGCAAGGACGAGGAAAAGGGUCACAAAAUAACAGAUCUAACUAAAGAAGAGCACAAGACUUUCAUAUUCCCCGAGGCCAUUUUCACCGCAGUCACUGCCUAUCAAAAUCAACUGAUUACCAAAUUAAAAAUCGACAGCAAUCCGUUCGCCAAGGGCUUCAGGGACUCCUCCAGACUGACUGACUACGAUAGGGAUCCGAUGGAGCUGAUGGAGCAGCAAUUGGUGCGAUGUGGGGUACCACCAGUGAGACUCUACGAGCACCUGGCAUUGACCUCACCAGCAGCGGCCGCUGCCAUCAAUGCCCAGCAGCAGCAGCAACAGCAGCAGCAGGGAUCGGAGAAUCAACAGCAUCCCCUGUCACCGGCGUGGCUGCAACCAUCAACGGCCUUGCUGUACGGCAGCAGGGGUGGUACACCCUCACCCUAUCCAGCCCACACAUUUCCCUAUCCCGCCCUAUCGUGGUCCUGGCAACCACCGGUCGCCAUGAUAUCACGACGAUCCUCAUCAUCGGCUGGAGUUAGAUAUUCACCCUAUCCAACGGCAAUGUCGGCGUCACCACCCCUACGCGCACGCCCGGCCACCCCCAAUUAGCGAAAUUCACCGCAAUGUCUUCAAGGUUUUUUCCACUUUCGCGGUGAUACUGACGUUAUUUCUUACCAGUGAAUUUUUCGGGGUGUUUUUUUGAGAAUUUAGGGGUCUUAGAGACUUUAAAUUAUUGGGGGGAUAAAUGUUUUUGUUUUAUUACUUGGGAAUUAGUGGCUUCGAUAACCUCAAGCGACGGUAAUUUAAAAAAAAUGACUUAAAAAAAUUUCCAGCGAAAAUUAUUGGAAUUAUUUAAAUUUUAUGGCUGGAAAAUAAUAAUUUAAUUCACGUUAAUUUAUCUCAUUGAAAUAAUUGACUUGAGGCACUAGUCUUCAAGUGAUGGGAAGCUGUCUUCGAAGUAUUUCUCAAACUCAGUGAUUCAACCCCUCGUUCAUCGUAAAGUCUACCAUUCACUUUACCCCGAGAAGAGCCAAAGAAUUAGCCCAGCCAGAGAAUGAUAAACCUAAUUAAUAGUAAUAGUUGUACGUAUGUAUAGCAUGUAGAUGUAUAUUGUACAGUGCGGUAAUGGAGAAUCAGCGGAUAUCAAUUUUCUUUUGUUUCUCGACGGAGGGAAAAAAAAUAAUCCCCGUGAAAGACUAUCAGCGUUAAUUGCGGUCAUUAAUCUCGGGUAAUGGAACCGUUACCCAAGAUUUUUUCAAGUAGUAAUUAAUCAAACAAGUGAUUGCAAAGGACUAAUUAAAAACGUUUAGGUAAUGAUUAUUUGUUUCACCGAACUGAGCAUCGUGUAAAUAUUGAUAAAUUUCAGGAGUUAAUCCAUUGUAUAUAAGUAUACGGGUCUUAUGUUAAGUGUAAACCAGUGUAAGAGAUUAUUGAAAUUAUUAUACAAAUUUUUGUUUAUCAAAAAGUGUUACCGAAUUUUUUUUCAAUGAAUCCAACACGAGUUUUCCCCUAAUUUUUUUUCAAGUUCUUGUUUUUCUAUUCAAAUUAAUUAAUUAAUUAGCGGAGGGAGAUGCACUCGUGUUGGACUCAACAAUUUUGUUUCAUUUGCUCGUCCUAUUAUUCUCUCCCAGCGGCUGUACCAUACCACGAUAGUAUUAACCCCUUCGGCUUCCCUCGCGGGACAAAAUUGUACAUAAUAAAGGGUCACGAGUGAAAAAUGUCCUAUUACUUGAUAAACUACGAGGUAAUCGAAAAUGUAGCGAGAGAAAGAAAACCGAAUAAAUGGA